AUGCGAGCCACACUCAAAAGCGGCUCUGGGCAUGAUCGAUACGGUGUUGUUAUUGACGCUGGCUCGUCUGGAUCAAGAGUUUACGUCUACAAGUGGCAGGAUCCACAGUUCUCGGCUCAACAAUCAAAUUCAGAGAUUAAGAAAUCAGUUCCCGAAAUCCAUCUGAACAAAGAAUGGACGUUCAAGACGUCACCGGGGCUGUCUUCGUUCGCCAAAAAGCCCGAGAAGGCAUUUCGCAAGCAUAUAGAACCUCUCCUUGAAUUCGCGGAGGACGUCAUACCUCAAGAAAACCUGAGGUUUACACCUGUAUUCAUCCAAGCUACUGCCGGAAUGAGACUAUUACCUGAAAAGAAAAGGAAUGCCAUUCUCGAUCAUCUCUGCCAUGAUAUCAAGCAAUCCACAGACUUUCUUGUCGGUGACUGUCGGUCCCAGAUUCAAGUCAUUGACGGUGAAACAGAAGGGCUUUAUGGAUGGAUUGGAUUGAAUUACCUGCUUGGCAACUUUAACAAUUUUAAUGUCUCUGAUGCAAGACACAGUUCUUCUGGAUUCAUGGACAUGGGCGGCGCCUCUGCUCAAAUAGCCUUUGUACCGAGUAGUCAAGAAGAGAUUGUGAAGCACGAUGACGAUAUCUCAACGGUUACUCUGAGGAGCAUCAAUGGGGACACACAAAACUGGAGAGUUUUUGUGAGCACAUGGUUGGGAUUUGGAGCAAAUCAGGCAAGGAAAAGGUAUCUAGUUCAAAUGCUUAACAGCUUAACCGAAAAUUCAAAUGACCGAGCGGACGAUGACUACAAUACGCGAGUGUUGAAUGACCCGUGUAUGUUAAAAGGAUCAUAUAGCAAGUUUGAGUUCAACGAUGUUGAUUUCCAGGUAAGUGGUUCCGGCAACUACGAGCAUUGCUCAAAAUCAAUAUUUCCUUUGCUUAUGAAGGACCUUCCAUGUCGCGAGGAGCCAUGCUUAUUCAAUGGUAUUCAUGCCCCAGCAAUUGACUUCUACAAUGAUAAGUUUGUUGGUACAUCCGAGUUUUGGUAUACAGCAAACGAUGUGUUUAAAGUAGGCGGAGAAUACAACUUUCAUGAAUUUAGUCGUAAAGUAAAAGAGUUUUGUGAAACCGAUUGGGCCGAGGUAGAGAAAUUGAGAGACUCUGGAAAAUAUGAUGGAAUUUCUGUCGAACUUCUUUCAGAUUCCUGCUUCAAGGCAAAUUGGAUUCUUUCUGUACUACAUGAAGGAUUCGACAUGCCCAGAGUAGGCAUCGAACUGCCAGAUAGUGCAGAGGACCAAAAAGACAAAACGGAAGACGUUGUUGCUGCCGUUGCCGCUUUUCGAAGUACGGACUCGGUAAAUGGGCAUGAUUUGUCAUGGACUUUAGGAAAAAUAGUGCUUUAUGUUUCCGCAUCUGUUGCAAGUUCUAAGUCCGAUGGUCCGGUUGGUAUUAUGCCCAGUGACAAUGACGUGACAAGCUUCAAAAAGGUUUUUAUUUCAGGGUCUUUAGCUGGAUUAAAUUCCCAGCAAGAUCCCUAUCGUAUACGUUCCUGGUCCUUCUUGCGUUUUCUCGUUCUUCUGGUAUCUCUUGUUACCUUAGUUUUUGUUCUAGGGAAGAAAUUCCCCAAGAAGAAGAUAUCUGCUCUAUCCAUAAUUGACGCGAUGGUCAGCCAGUUCAAAACCAAGCUCUCAAGAUGGAGGUAUUCCAGUCUUUCUGAAGAUCCACUCUCCACCCUAGAAGAAGGCUACUUUGUUAGACCAGUCAGACGAAGUGAGGAUAGAGAAGGGAUACAGGUAAGGAGUAGGAGCAUGUUCAAUCUUGAAGAAGCCAGGAAUUCACACAAAGGGCAUACUAUAAAGAAUAGUUCUCAAACAUCAAUCAACGGUGAGACUGGACUAGAAAGAAACAAAUUGCGCACAGCAUUCUCUUUGGCUGACUUUAGCAAGUUCAUUAAACCUGGAGCGUCUGGUAAAAAAAGCCAACAUUCAACUAUUUAA